GGCAGCAUCAGGCCAGGGGGAGCCCAGAAAACUUCCCAUCUGAGCUCACACCCAACCCCCCAGUGUCUGCUCACCUCUCCCUGGAGGCCCCGGGGCGGGGGGAACCUCCUAAUGCAGGGUUAACGAGGCAUCUCCAGCCGGGGCGCACAACCUAUAAAGUGGGCAGCUUCCGGCGCACUCGGCCCCAGGCCGGCUGGCUGCUGGUUUAAGAGCACGGCCAUCCCAGGGCUAACCUGACUCCAGCUGGUGACCCAGCUCCUUCUCACACUGCCAUUGCUCAGGCAGGAUGGCCUUCCUGCCGUGUCACUGCCAUCCUUCUGGUCGUGGUGCAGCCCGUCAUUCCCUAGAAUUCCCGGUCAGGGCCCACUCAUCUUCCCUCAGUUUCUCUGGGGGCUGGUCCCAGCCGGAGCCCUCCUGAAAACUGUUUCGUGGCGACUAGCCUAAGACUCUCCCAGACUUUCGUGGAGGCUGGCGGCCAAGUCCUGGGGAGAAGCCAGGGGCCACGCCACUCAGAGAAAGUCUCCCAGACUCAGAAUCCAGGGAAGGGAAGAUCCCUCCUGGACUCCGCCUUCUGCGCCUCCCCAACCCCUAGUCCAGAUCUGGGGCCUGCUCUGCCCCUUGGCCUCUCUGCUUGAACAGAUUGGCUUAUCUGGGUCACAGGGAGGGGUUCUGACUGCGGGGGAGACGGGGGAGGCAGCCCAGCUCCAAACUCCCAGCCCGACGCCCUGCGUCUGCCCUCUGGAAGUGCUCAGUUCCCCGGGCUGGCCCUAGUUCCUCCUGCCCCAGAGACCCGGGAUUCUCCUUCCCCAGCCCCUCCCGCCAAUAUGAGUAGUUCGCGGUAUUAGGCCUUGGUCUCCCCAACAGUUUUAGCAGAUGGGCACCACCAUAGUCCCAUUUCGCAGAUGAGGAAAGUGAUGUUAUGCAGCGAGAAGCCAAGUUAGACUCAGAUGGGCCUCGUUCAGAAGCCAACCCCUUGGCCACCCAGCGUGGUCCCUUCUCAGCUCUGAGCCACUUGGAUGGGGAAGACACCUCGGAGGGAGGGGGUGGCCAGCUCUGGCUCUUCUGGGCUGAGAAACUGUACCUCAGGGACCCCCGAUUCCGGAGGGGACAGAGACCUCUCUGGCCAUCAGGUGCCUGAUCACUGCUGAACGCGGGACCCCACGUCUUCUCUCUGAGCCAGGCCCGCAAGUGAUGGAGCAGGUCCUGCCCCGGCAUCAAGCAAGCUCGUGGCCGCCAGGGCUCCUCAGCUGACCUUCCUCAUUGUCCACACAAGAAGCCAAGGCCAGCAGGGAAGUGUCUUGGCGGGGGCUGGGGUCUGCAGGGUUCAGGUGGGGCGGUGGCGAGAAGGGGCCAGGUGUUCAGGGCCCAGCCUUAGGGGCUGUGACAUUUCAUGGCACCGAUGUGGGGGCUCCCCAGCUCCUCUCUCCCCAGCCUGGGGACCCUCCCCCCCCACAAAACAACAAUGUCUAGUUCCACCCUGUCACCCGCUGAGGGUCCACCUCUUCUGGGGACUCCUCCCCUCUGGCCCCUAGACCACAUCGAAUAGUAGCCCCUUCCUGCCAGGCUUUCUGGCCUUUGGUAGAGAUGUAGCUGUGGGGAAUGGAGGGGGGAGGGGAGAUGGGACAUCGUCCUCGACCUCGACCUCGUUCUCCACCCUACUCUGUACUCACCCCCCUGCGCCCUACCCUGUACUCACCCCCCUAAGACCAUGCCCCAUGCUCACUCCCCUGCCCCCUACCCUGUACUCACCCCUCUGACCCUACCCCAUGCUCACUCCCCUGCACCCCUAAUCUGUACUCACCCCCCUACCCCUACCCUAUGCUCACCCCCUGCCCCCUACCCUGUACUCACCCCCCUGCCCCCUACCCUGUACUCACCCCCCUAAGACCAUGCCCCAUGCUCACUCCCCUGCCCCCUACCCUGUACUCACCCCUCUGACCCUACCCCAUGCUCACUCCCCUGCACCCCUACUCUGUACUCACCCCCCUACCCCUACCCUAUGCUCACCCCCCUGCACCCCUACCCUGUACUCAUCCCCCUGCCCCCUACCCUGUACUCACCCCCCUAAGACCUUACCCCAUGCUCACUCCCCUGCCCCCGACCCUAUGGUCACCACCCUGCACCCCUACCCUGUACUCGCCCCGUGCCCCCUACCAUGUACUCACCCCCCUAAGACCUUGCCCCAUGCUCACUCCCCUGCCCCCUACCCUGUACUCACCCCUCUGACCCUACCCCAUGCUCACUCCCCUGCACCCAUACUCUGUACUCACCCCCCUACCCUACCCUAUGCUCACCCCCUGCCCCCUACCCUGUACUCACCCCCCUGCCCCCUACCAUGUACUCACCCCCCUAAGACCUUGCCCCAUGCUCACUCCCCUGCCCCCUACCCUGUACUCACCCCUCUGACCCUACCCCAUGCUCACUCCCCUGCACUCCUACUCUGUACUCACCCCCUCUGACCCUACCCCAUGCUCACUCCCUUGCACCCCUACCCUGUACUCACCCCCUGCACCCUACCCUAUGCUUAUCCCACCUGCACACUACCCUAUGUUCAUCCCCUCUGCACCCCUACCCCAUCUCAUCCCCCCUCUACCCCUACCCUAUGCUCACUCCCCCUGAACCCUACCCUAUGCUCAUCCCCCCUGCACCCCUACCCCAUACUCACCCUCCUGCACCCUACCCUAUGCUCAUCCCCCCUCCACCCCUACCACAUGCUCAUCCCCUCUCCACCCACACCCUGUAAUCACCCCCCUGCACCCUACCCUAUGCUCACCCCCCGUACCCCUACCCUGUACUCACUCCCCCUGAACCCUACCCUAUGCUCACCUCUCUCCACCCCUACCCCAUGCUCACUUCCCUGCACCCCUACUCUGUGCUCUCCCCACCUGCACCCCUACCCUGCACUCACCCACCUCCACCCCUACCCUACGUUCACUCCCCUGCAUCCCUACCCUAUGCUCAUCCCCCCUCCACCCCUACUCCAUGCUCACUCCUCUGCCCUCUACCCUAUGCUCACCCCCCACCCCCUACCCUAUGCUCAUCCCCCCCUAACUCUACCCCAUGCUCAUCCCCCCUCCACCCCUACCCCAUGCUCACUCCCCUGCACCCCUACCUUAUGCUCAUCCGCCCUGCAUCCUACCCUAUGCUCACCCCACCUGCACCCUACCCCAUGCUCACCCCUCUCCACCCCUACCCCAUGCUCACACCCCUCCACCCCUACCCUGUGCUCUCCCACCUGCACCCCUACACCAUGCUCACCUCCCUUCAUCCCUACCCUGUGUUCACUCCACACACACACCCUACCCUGUGCUCACCCCUCUCUGCCCCUACCCUGUGCUCACCCACAGAACUCUGGGGAACUCUGUCCCUUUGGGGCUCCUGGUAACAUGGAUACCUCACUGGAAGGGGCUCCAGGAGCUGGGAGAAAAGCCACUCCGGGCUUCAUCAAUGACCAGCCUACCUGGGAGCAGCUCAGCUCAUUUCGAGACGUCAUAGUAUUUUUAAGAAGGAACACCCAGGCCUCGGGGCUUCGGAGGGCGCCCGCAGGCUCCUCUCCCCCUGGACGGGGCCGUGGUAGCAGGCGAAGAACCGAUUGGAAAUCCGGGUGGCCGGGCCCAGAGGGAACUGGGCUGGCGGUGGAACAGGAAGGAAGAAGGAAGGGCAGCGAGUGGCUGAUGGAGUUGAUCAAAGGAGAGUCCCAGGAAGACAAAACAGGGGAGUGGAGGGUGAGGAGCCGCAGGCGCCCUGCCCCGUGGUCCCUGCCCCUCCAGACCCCCGGACCUGCCCUUCCCCCAGUCCGAGGCCGAGGACCACCCAGAAGGACCCCCUGUGUUGUCCACUGAAAUUGGCACAGACACCUGGGGUAUGAGGAAACUGGCAUCCCCCCUCCCCUCCCCCUCCCCCGGGGACCACGGUCCCCCUUCCCCACCACUUCCCAGCCUUACCCCCAGCCCAGCAGUGGAGACCCUAACCCAGGCGUCCAAGACUUCCAGCAGAGUCCGGCCAGGGCAGGGGGCGGAGCAGAGGCGGGCUUGGCAGGGGGAGGGGGUAGGGGCCCCCCCCCCGCCAGCCCCCUCCAGUGCCCCAGUUCCCAGGCAGCUCUUAAAGGAACCAAGACGAAUUAGCUAGGGACAGCUUCAGGGGGUGGGUGUAGAGGAAAGUGGGUGGCAGGGAGAGGAUUAGACCUGUCAGGGGCAGGAGGGCCAGAAGGGGGGUGCUGACACCCCCUCCAGGGCCCGGAAGCCCUCCAACUCCUCAGUCUAGCCGUUCCCUCAUCCCACGUGACCCCCACGGUGGCCACCCAGCUUCUGACUGCCACCCCCUCGGAUCCUGGCCCCUAUUCCCCUUGGGCCCCUGCCCACUUCCUCCCCCUCCCCCAUAUUCGUGCCACCUCAGUCUCCGGUGAGAGCUGCCAGCUGGCACGGACUGGUACUAAGCGCGGAGAUCUGGCCCAAGGAUUGUAAGGGCCUGAGGCCUGGCCCCAGAGGCGGGGCGGGGUGGGGGGAGGGGAAGGGGAGGCCAGCACCUCAAGGUCACUGCAGGGGGCCGGGGACAGGAGGCACCCUCCCCUCCCAAUCCCCCUCCAAGUCUUGCCCGUCUCCCCCUCUGGCUGUGGGAUGAGGGGCUCCGAGGGAGCUGAGGAUGCAGGGUCCUAGCCUGUGGCUUGUUAGGGCGGGGACAGCGAAAAAGCAAAUGACUUGGUGGGUUACUUGUGGCCACGGAGGGGCCGGGCAGCCAGAGAAACGUUCAGCAGAGGGAGACAGAAAUGGAGACGGAGAGACAGCAGCCAGUUUUCAGCCCUGGCCCCCCAGCGUCCACAGCAUGAAUUUCAGUCUCUGGAGUGUGGGAAGGCUCUGCCCCAGUGCUCCUGGGCCCCGCCUUUCCCCCAGCUUCAGGGAAUGCUAAGUCUGCGACCUGCAGCGGGUUUCCUUCCAUUUCUACCUGAUAGAAUAUUCUGAAAGUCAUCUCUACACCCAACGUGGGGCUCGAACUCACGACCCCGAGAUCAAGGGUCGCAGGCUCCUCUGAGCCAGCCAGGUCCCCCGCCCCCAUAAAACUCUUCCUGUCCUUCCCUGCCCCCCCCAAAAGAACCCCUUCAUCCAGAAAGCCCUCUGGCGUCCCCACAGUGUUCUGAGUUGCCACCGUGUUUUGUGGGAGUCAGGAGCCCCGCGCCCCACCACCAGCAAGCUGGGUGACUUUGUGGCCGACCCUGUCUCCUUGCUGGCUUCGGGGUGCUUCACCCAAAGCGAGGACUAGCCCCCAACCCACCCCUGCCCGCCCAGCAGUGGCUCUGCAGGAAGUGCUCACACUGAGCGGUCCCAUUCCUGCACUUACGGGUACUGACCAAGUACCUGCUCUGGGGUCAGGCCCUGCGCUAGGUGCUGGGGGGGUCAGCGUGAAUAAAACAUGAAAACGCCUGUCCGGGGUGGAGGACGGAACAUGAGGAGAUACAGAAAUGAGAUAUGUCCGGUGGUGCUAAGUGCAGGGACAGGCGCGCAGUAUUUGAUGGGAAAAGUGGUCCAGGCUGGGGAAGCACUCAAGGCGGGCAGGCACUUGGGGGGUUCCAGGAACACCAAGGCGGUCAGUGCGGCCUGAGGGGCUGGUGAGGGACGCGCUGUCCCCCAGGUUGUCACGCAGGGCUUCACACGGCGUUCGUGCCUGCUGUCUGGCCUCUCACUGCUUUGGGAAGGCUCUGGAGAGUUUUGAGCAGAGGAGUGGCCGGAGCAAUAAAGGGUCACUCUGCCCCUGUGUGGAGAGCAACGCGUGGGGGGCGGGGGCAGGAGACCAGCCAGGAGGGACUGCCACAGUCCCGACUAGAGGCGGAGGCGGGGGGGGGGGGGGGUGCGUAGAAUGAACUGGAUUCCAGAUCCACACUAAAGACGGAGGUGACGGAACGUGCCGAUGGACUGAGUGUGGGGCUCGAGAGGGCUUGAGGAGUUACGGGUGGACUCCAGCCUGAGCAGCUGGGGAGAAGGACGGUCAGCAGGUGCCCCGGGGAAGACGACAGGCAGAGCAGGUCGGGGGUGGGUGGCAGUCAGGCUAUCCGCUCCGGACAUGGCAGCUUGGACAAGCAUCAGGUUUGGGGUUCAGGGCAAAGGAAUGAGUUGAUGGUGUCAACCUGGGAGUCAGCAGUGUGUGGAUGGUGUCGAAGGCCGUGAGCCUGGAGGAGAUGUCUCCAGGCCCCAGUGUAGACAGAGAGGGGUCGGGUCCGGGCACUCGGUCUGUCAGAGGUGGGGGAGAAGAGGAAGACCCAGUAGUGUGGGCUGAGAGGGACCAGAGUCAUCGUCCGUGACCAGCAAGGUCAAGGAAGGUGAGGACGGAGCAGGGACCAGUGGGCCAGCCACGUGCAGGGCCCAUGGACGCCAGCGACAUCAGUGUCUCUGGAAUGAAGCCAGAAACGGGUCGGCAGCUGAGCGUGAGGAGGGCAAUCUGAAGAGACAGGAGGAGGUGUGAUGUGGUCAUCUGGAGAAAGGGAGAGACGGGGCUAGGGACAGGAGGGGCAGGGGGCCACGCUAGGGAUGUGUGGUCAUGACUUUAAAGUCGGCCUAGUCAGCAGGGGAACCACCCAAACUCCACCGUAAGAAAUUACCUGGAAUCCUUAAAAGGUAUUCUCUGCCCCAUUAUUUAUAAUCACAGAAGUGAGAACAAAUUCAAAUACCCAGAGACGAUUAUGAAAUGAGGUGUUACAUAUACACUUAGCCAUUUUUAAGUAUUUCUUUCUUUUUUUUUUCUUUCUGGGACAGAGAGAGAGACAGAGCAUGAACGGGGGAGGGGCAGAGAGAGAGAGGGAGACACAGAAUCGGAAACAGGCUCCAGGC